AUGGACUUCUUUGGUAUUAGUCGAGGUACCAUUAGAGCAGAAGCUCUAAGUAGGUUAGCUGGAUUGUCUGUACAGAACACCCCCACAAAACUACUGGAGGAAGAUGGGCAUGAACUUAUAUCCUCUUUCUCUUCUUUAAUGUCCAUCGCGUCGAAAUCAGGUACAAGUGGUGGAAAGACUUCAUCGGUUAUGGAAUCUAAAGAAUUUGAAACAGUAAUAGCGUUAUGUGAAUCUACUAAUAACGAAUUGAAGUUUGCAAGCCAAAGCAAAGAUAUUCUUGAAAAAUUAAAAUUCUACUUCUUGGACCUACCAAAUCAAAAAAUAUCUGAAGGUAUUACAAAAAGGCUCAUUAAUUCUUCCCCAUGGUUUGUCUUAGCCGAGAAAAUAUCGACUGCUAUUAUUAAAAUAGGGAUGAGCUUUGAUAGUUUGUUCCUCAAUGAUACGCUAGAAAUUUUUCGUUGCUUUAAUAGAAACUUUUUUCAAGGUAAGACGAGUUAUUCUCAUUCACAUUACUUAACGCUCUUGGGCUUUUUAGAAGGCUUGAACAAGGUACCAAACUUUUUGACUGUUUCAUUUGAGACUUUCAAAGUAUUCACAGGCUUGGACUCUUGCAUCGAUAAUUUUGAAUUUUAUAAUGAUCUUGAAGAUUAUUCAAACACUUUUUUCAAGCAUAACGAGUAUCAUCACUUCAUUGAGUCGGGACUGGAAGUUGAGCUUUCUCCAAUACUCUUUAUUGAAACGUUAAGCAAACUAAUAUGCUCAAUUAUGAAUUCAAUUCUUGAUAAUUAUGAUGAGCCUUUAUUAGAAUUUCUUUUGAAGACAGUUUCUAAAAGAUAUGACGAUGAGUCCUCUAAGGGCUUAGACAUCUCUCUUAAUAACAUGGAAUUGAUAAAACAGUUAUCAAGCUUGGCAAUACAGAAGAUGUUGUUUUUGGAUAGAGGUGAAUCUUACAUAAUUUAUUCCAAUUUGCAUAGACUUAAACUUGGGUACUUGGCAAAACAUUACAACUUACAAGCAAUAACUUGUGGGACAUUCACUGACAAUAUUGAUAUCAAAACGUCACAGAGGAUAUUCAAGAACUGCCUCGAAAUCAGGGAGGUGAUGCUUGAUCCCGAUUUAGGCUUAAGCGCACUUCAAAUGGGUUGCCUUCUUGUUUACAAAGAUGAGCUGCUUGGCGCCCCAUUAACGAGAGCAUAUACUUCAUUGACGGCCAAUCCAAAGUUCAGUUAUGCUUUAGAAGCUUCAAAAAGUGUGGGCUUAGCGAGUAAAGUGCUAUCCCAGGACGCUGUGAUUACGACAAUCUACUCACUUACAAAUUUAUUAUUUGUUAGUAAUGAUGGGAUUGAGCUACACUCUAGAAACACGCAUAAGAGAAACAAUUGCGUCAAAAGACUUGAUUCAUUAUCCUGGAAGCAGCACGUUAACGGCUCUAGAAACGUUUCUUCUCAAUCAGCUAGGUCCGGAGCUCCUAGUGCGCAGAAACUGAUCGAUUAUGACGAUCUUGACUAUAAGUCUGUUUGUGAGAAUGCUAUCACAGGUAUAAUCGAAAUAUCGCAGGCAUGUUCUGAUGAAACAGUAACUACAUUGUCAGUAACUAUCUUAUCUCAGAAAGCUGUUAGAUUGGAUACGGCAAUUGGUAAGCUUCUUUUAAGAGGUUUAACUUCGUGCGCACCAUUCCUUCCGGAAAGGGAAUUCAUUAUUCUUCUGAAGUUGUUGAAUAGGUUAUCACUCGAUGCUCUAGCAGCAAAAAAGAAAUCACUUGUAGAGAGUCUUAUAAAUGCAAGAGCGGAUCUUUCAAAAAAAUUGACGAAAGAUAACCCAUUAUAUUUUGCCUACCUUCGUGAAAUUUUGCAAUCAAUUAUAAGCAAGGGAGAUGUUGAAGAACUUGAACAUCAUAGGUCCCAUGAUGAGAUCAGCGAGGUUGCCACAAAAAUUGCAAUAUAUAUUAAACCAUUAGCAGAGUUACUUCCUGACGUUCAAAAAGGAGAUGAGCCAUUAGAAAUUAAAGACACUACGACCAUCAAUUUGUUUAGAAAUAUUUGGUUUAAUAUGGUUGUUCAUGGAUACUCUAAUGAUUCUAAAAUUGCUCAACCAUAUAUUAAAGAGCUUGAAAGAAUUGCGUAUAAUAGUCCUCCUUUGGCGAGCGAAUUGUCAUGGGAUCGAACAGAAACCUCCUUAGAAUUGAAUACUGUUUUGAGAAGAGGUUCGUCUAAUCAUAAUGUAAAGCAUCAUAGAAACAUAAUCGGUAGUAUCUUUGAAAUUCACAGAACGAUGUCUUAUCCAAAAUUAAUGUUCUUGUCGGCAACUGUUUUUGUUGAGUCGUUAAGAGUAAAGUCCGGAGACUGUUCUAAGAUACUUUAUUAUUAUUCAGAUCCUUCUGUUAAGACAACGGGAGUGGAAAAGUACAUUGCUUAUAUCGCAUUCAAGAUUGUCAAGGACUACAUUUAUUUAAUUAGUUGCGGUGCUAAUAAACAAUUCAGUGCCGACAGAAUUGCUGAACAGCUUACAAACAUGUUGGCGCUUUGUUGUCAUAGGUUAGAAGACCUUCAAGAUACUGCAUUACAAUGUUGCGAUCUUUUGAUCAACAAGAUUCCCUCUUCCCUUUGUCACCAUAAAAGUUUAUUUGCCCUUUUUGAUUUAUUGACUUUAUUGUUUGAUAGUAUCAUUGACGCCGAUGAAAAUCAAUAUGAGCCGACGACUUCUUACCGUGCUAACAAAACAGGCAUUCAUCUUCUUUUAUCUGAUUCUUAUACAUGGAGGACGGAAACUUUCAAUAGAUUUUAUGAGAAGUGUAAGAAUUGGGUUACGCUAGUGUUGUUAAAGUGUAAUGUUGAUAUCAAAAGUUUGAUCCUGUCGUAUGUGUCUGAUAUGGAUCGCUUUCAGAGCAAUAAUAAAAUUCAGUUCGGUGUUUCUUUUGCAAUUGAAAUGUCAGGAAGCGUUUUGGCUAAUGAUAGAGAGUUGUCAUCCAUUCCCAAGAUGCCGAACAAAGAAGUCAACACAUUGCCUGUUUUUGUUUCUCAAUUAAGCUGGAGGACAAAUUUUGUUAACGACUUGAUGGAUCGGAUUCCAUUGCGUUCUAUUGACGAUGUUGAUAAAGCUUUCAGUGAAAUAAAGAAAAAGAUACUUCGAUUGAAGAAGGAUAACAAAGAAAAUAAGUCAGCUGAUACUGAACGAAUCACUGAUCUUUUGACUGAAAUUGCCAGCUUAACAUUAUUAUCUGAUGACAACACGGCCUCAUUAAUAAGAUAUCUUGUUGACAUACCUUUUGUGAUUUUUGAAUCUCCAAUUAUGAAUGCGGCAGUCGAUAUUUGGUUUGCGGUAAUGAAAGAUAGGCCCGACCUUUCGGUACUUUUACUUUCGGAAAUUGCUAAAAAAUGGGAAUCCUCAAUAGAAACAAGGGUGGGUUUGUUUUCUGACGAGUAUGAUAAUGAAUAUCCAGAAUUUUCUAAAAUGGAAUAUGCUCCAAGUGAUCACAAGAGAAUUAUAAUGCUUUCACAUGUGGCAAGUUCGGCAUUCGAUCCACAUUUGCAAAUCAUUAAGUUAUUUGCAUCCAAUUUUGAGGCUUCGUUAAAUCAAUCUGAUCACCUUUUGAAACUUUUUACACGGUUUGUCGAAAUUGGGUUGGCGAAUUUACCUAAUGCCAGCUUACACCCUUUUUCGAGGUCAGGGAGGUUUGAAUUAAUUAGAUUUGCAUUCGAUGUUUUGAAUUAUCAUACAAAGCUCGGGUCAAGAAGUGUAACUAGCCUCACCUCCCUAAUUCUUGAUGGAACUUUAAGUUGGUUUAGGCUCAGAGCAAGUUACCCUUAUGGUUCAAAUGUUCUUAAAAUGAGAGCUGACUUAGGUUUAUUAAAGGAGGUUGCGAGAUUAAUGACUCAUAUUUCUAGUGGUAAGUCAACCGAACUCGAAGGGAAGAAGAGCAUUAUAUUACUUUUCCUUGACGACGAAAUUUCAAAGAUUUCAGUUUGGCUAGAUUCAUUGAAUCCACAAGAUACCAGAGGAACUUUUGCGAAAGGUGGUGUCAGUGGCAGUCACAUAAAAAAUGCAUAUUCCUAUGACCCUAUAUUAGCUAUCAACUUAGCUUCAAGAUAUAAAAUCAAGAAUUUAGAUGAGUUAUUACAAUCUCUCAUAGCUGCAAAUCCACUUCCAGCAAUUUUUUACCCUGAUGCUGUCCAAUAUUUCAUAGGUAUCAAUGCUGGCACACGCAUGCCUUCUUAUCAUUUACUAUUCUGGGCACUGUUGUCUCCAAUCGAUUGCAUCACAUUAUUUUUACCUCCAUUUGAAAGUAACCCAUACGUUUUGCAGUAUACGAUGAGAUCAUUGGAGAGCCACGAUGUGAACUUGGUGUUUUUUUACGUUCCCCAAAUCGUUCAAAGCUUGAGAUUUGACGUCAAAGGUAAUGUGGAAAGGUUUAUUAUCGAAACUGCUAAAGUUUCACAAUUAUUUGCACACCAGAUUAUAUGGAAUAUGAUGGCAAAUAGCUAUAAAGAUGAAGACUCAACCGAACCUGAUUCUUUGAAGCCAACCUUAGACAGAAUACAAGCCAAGAUGAUAAAAUCAUUCAGUCGAGAGGAUUAUGACUUUUAUGAAAAGGAGUUUGGUUUUUUCAACGAAGUCACUAGUAUUUCAGGAAAGUUGAAACCUUAUAUCAAGAAAACGAAAGCUGAAAAGAAAAUAAAAAUUGAUCAAGAAAUGGCAGACAUUCAAGUUCUUCCGGAUGUCUACUUGCCAAGUAAUCCAGACGGGGUCGUCAUAGAUAUAAACAGAAAGUCAGGAAAGCCAUUGCAGUCCCAUGCAAAGGCCCCCUUUAUGGCUACGUUUAAGAUAAAGAAAGAAGUACAGGAAAUAGAUGAUCACGGGAAAACUAGCACUACUUCGAUUGAGAAGUGGCAAAGUGCGAUAUUUAAAGUUGGCGAUGAUUGUCGUCAAGACGUGUUGGCGUUGCAAUUAAUAUCCGUAUUCAGAACUAUUUGGACAUCUGCUGGUCUCGACUUGUAUGUGUUCCCUUAUCGGGUCACUGCAACUGCCCCUGGUUGUGGUGUUAUAGACGUUUUGCCUAAUUCCAUUAGUCGUGAUAUGCUAGGUAGGGAAGCAGUCAAUGGUUUAUAUGAAUAUUUUACAACGAAAUUUGGUCCCGAGAACUCUAUAGAGUUUCAAAGAGCAAGAAAUAACUUGAUCAAAUCUUUAGCUGCAUACUCAAUUAUUUCAUAUCUUUUACAGUUCAAGGACCGUCAUAAUGGUAACAUAAUGUACGAUGACCAGGGUCACAUUUUACAUAUCGAUUUUGGAUUUUGUUUUGAUAUCGUUCCUGGUGGUGUGAAGUUUGAGGUUGCGCCGUUUAAGCUAACUCAUGAAAUGAUCAUGGUGUUAGGAGGUUCAAACAACACCCAAGCUUUCAGGUGGUUCGAGGAGCUUUGCGUCAAGGGUUAUUUGGCAUGUAGACCCUACAUGGAAACUAUUGUCAGAUGCGUGACUCCAAUGUUGGAAAGUGGGUUGCCGUGCUUCAAAGAGUCCACAAUCAAGAAAUUAAGGUCCAGAUUUGUCCCAUCAAAGUCAGACAAAGAGGCCUCUCAUUUCAUGAGGGGCCUAAUUAGGAAGUCCAUGGAAAGUGUCUAUACAAAGGGGUACGAUGAAUUCCAAAAAUUGACAAAUGGUAUUCCCUGUUGA